AACUGGGUUACGCCUACGCUAAAUCGACUGUAAUCCUUACUGUACACAACUGAAUCCUCUGCGGGUAUUUUCAAUUGUUCCUGCGGCUACAAGUUUUCCUCUAAAUAGGCUAAAGAAAUGGACAACUCGGGCAAAGAAAAGGAAGCCAUUCAGCUAAUGGCGGACGCUGACAAAAAAGUCAAGUCCUCCGGCUCCUUUUUGGGAGGGAUGUUUGGAGGAGGACCUCACAAAGUGGAGGAGGCGUGCGAGAUGUACUGCAGAGCUGCCAACAUGUUCAAGAUGUCCAAGAACUGGAGCGCUGCUGGAGAUGCCUUCUGCAAAGCUGCCCGUCUGCAUAUGCAGCUGCAGAACAAACAUGACUGCGCCACCAGUUUCAUUGAUGCAGGAAAUGCUUACAAGAAGUCUGACCCUAAUGAGGCAAUCAAGUGUUUAAAUGCUGCCAUCGAUAUAUACACAGACAUGGGAAGAUUUACCAUCGCUGCCAAACAUCACAUCAGUAUCGCAGAAGUCUUUGAGUCUGAGCUGGUGGAUAUCGAAAAGGCUAUUGCUCAUUAUGAGCAAGCAGCAGACUACUACAAAGGAGAGGAGUCAAACAGUUCUGCAAACAAGUGUCUGCUGAAAGUGGGAGCUUACUGCGCUCAGCUGGAACAAUACCAGAAGGCCAUAGAGAUCUACGAGCAGGUCGGAGCCAACACGAUGGACAACCCGCUGCUGAAAUACAGCGCCAAAGAGUAUUUCUUCAAAGCCUCCCUGUGUCAUUUCAUUGUUGACGAGCUCAACGCCAAGAUUGCUGUCGAAAAAUAUGAGGAGAUGUUCCCUGCUUUCUCAGACUCCAGAGAAUGCAAGUUGUUGAAGAAACUUCUUGAGGCUCACGAGGAACAGAACAGUGAGGCCUUUACAGAAGCGGUGAAGGAGUUUGACUCAAUCUCCCGUCUAGACCAGUGGCACACCACCCUCCUAUUGCGCAUCAAAAAGACCAUCCAGGGUGAUGAAGGGGAUCUGAAAUGAAAAAAAAAAAAAACUCAGGGUAGGGUUGCAGCAUGGAGGGGAUGGUUCCAUCACGCAUGCUUUCACACACACACACACACACACUGCAGAGCACUCUUUCAGACUCCCCUCGCUGUUGCCGUACUGAUUCGGGAGCGUCCGCUGACAUUUUU